AAUACUGUAUGGAUGUUGACUUCGCAUCCAUUCUUUAAAAUCCUUUCAUUUAUCGCUCUAUCAAACAAAACUGAAAAAAGAAAAUUUUCCCAUUUCUUGUAUCAAUUCUUGUUGAAUUCUUCGCUCUCAGCUUAUGUCACCGUCCCACAAAUUAAUAAAUUUUCCUCUCCAAUUUUUUUUUUUUUUUUUUAAUUUAAAAUCCUUGCUUGAACCUUUCUUUCCAUUUUCUUAUUAUUUUGAACUCAUUUGAUGGAGGGUAGUUGUUGUACUGGUCAGAACUUGAUUUGCUUUGUGGAUUAGUUGGGCUAUUUGCUUACGUAAAUUGAAACACUCUGCUUGGACAUAUUGAUUACUGGAUUUUCUAUUUUGCUUUGAGUUCCUCAAUCUUCAAUCUAAAUCAUGUCUAUCUUGAGCAAAAAUAAUACCAGUAGCAACAUGGGUACGGCUUCUUUUCACGAGUUCAAGAAGCAAGCUUCUUUCUUCCUCAAGGAAAAGUUCAAGAGUGCUAGAUUGGCUCUCACAGAUGUCACUCCUGCACAACUGCUGACUGAAGAAGCUACAGAUGGGAAUCCAUGGGCACCAGACACACGUACUCUUGGAUCUAUUUCAAGGGCUGCUUUUGAAGUUGAUGAUUACUGGAGAAUUGUGGAGAUUCUGCACAAGAGGUUUCUGAGAUUUGAAAGGAAAAAAUGGAGAGUUUCUUACAAUUCCCUCUUUGUGCUUGAACACUUGUUGUCUCAUGGGCCAGAGAGUGUGGCUGGAGAGUUUCAGACUGAUAAAGAUGUUAUUAAGGAGUUGGAAAGCUUUCAGUAUAUAGAUGAGAAGGGAUUCAACUGGGGGCUUGCUGUUAGGAAGAAAUCAGAAAGAAUAGUGAAACUACUUGAGAAAGAAAAUCUUCUCAAAGAAGAGAGGGAGAGGGCCAGGAAGCUGACAAGAGGAAUUCAAGGAUUUGGUAGCUUCUGCCACAGGUCUUCUUCAUCACAAGGAGUUCUACAGGAACAAUCACAUGAAACAUUUGCAAGAAGCAACUCACAGUUUAACCAUCAUGAUGAUUCUCCUGAAAAUCAGCUCUUUUCAAAUGGAGAAAAUUUGAUAAAAAAAGAUGAAACAUCCAAGAAGAGCACUGAGUAUGCAACUUCCGAACCCGUCAACAAAGUUCAGAAUUCGAAUUCUGCUGAUAAUUUCAGCAAUAACUGGAUGCUUGAGAAAGCUGAAACAAGUUUCAAAGAGAAUAUGGCUCCUAAAAAGGAAGAUUUACACAGAUGGAAUCACACAGGGGAGAAUAAUCCACUCUUGGAUAGCAGAAGAGAUGAAGCAAGGAUCAUAGAAGAAGAUCAUCCCUUUAGUGCUACUGAGAAGGAAACUAGUGCUUCUCUUCUUUCAGCAAGAGAAGGAAUCUUACAAGAAGGCUAGAAUUUAAGAUUUCAUUGAAGUAGAUACUGCAUCUGCUGAAUUCACAGUUGCAUCUUAGCAGAUGCUAAGGUUUGUUGUUGCUAUAAUAUUUGUCCUCCACAGAAGAGUCAAGCAGCAUUUAAGUCAUGCUGUGAUAAUGUAUGCUGAGAUAUGUUUGUUUACCACUCUAUGAAUCUCCAGUCAAAACUGUUAUGAUUGA